AUGGCCUGGAAGACGUUGACUGGUUCAACACAUUGUACGACUAUAGGCAUUUCUGGAUACCUGAGCAUAGAUUUUCCACUUGGUUCAAUGAUUAGAACUAUAUCCAUAUCUGAGUCAGAGAAUACCUUCUAUAAAAACUUUUUGAAGCCCCACGCCAACAUUGCCAAAUUCUACUUGAAUUUCAACAAUGCUUUGGAAUUUCAGCGGAAUGUAGAGCAAAAUAUGGUUGACACCUACAAACUUGGGGACAACAAUCACAAUUCGUAUUUUGUGAGACACGAUAAGACUGAUGAGUCAUACUCGUGUGAAUGCAAACUCUUCGAUAGGCAGGGAUAUUUGUGCAGCCAUAUCUUUUUUUUGUUCGAGAACAAUGAAGUGAAAAAAAUUCUUGAGAAAUACUGCGAAAGCAGAUGGAUGAAGACUCUGUUAGCCAAAGUUGUCCAUGGUCAGUUUGAUGACACUCUACCUACUGGAUCCAUCAUUGACGAUAGGCAAAUUGUUUCAAAUCAAGGGAUUUCGAUGUUCUAUGGUGGUGUUGAAGAACUUGGUAAUUCUCUUCAAUCUGGAACUCCUACAAUGUUUGCCUCGGUAAAGAGGCGAGUGAUUGAAGAGUUUUAUGGAAUGGUAAGACCUAAAGUAGUUAAGGUCCAUCCUCCGGAUGUUGUCAAAACAAAGGGCCAUGCUAGCAGCUCCGCGAGCCGUCUGAUUUCCAAGAGAGAAAUGACUAUAAAGGAGGCUAGUAGGCCUCUUCGACGGUGUAAGGCUUGCGAUUAG